UUUCUAUCAUGUAGUCGAAAUCACCAAAGAAGCAACAGAAGAACACAAACACGCAAGCGCGCUACCUGCAAAGUAGAGACAUUGAGUUUUGCUAGUUUCUACUCGAUAGACAGGAACGAUGGCCGGAGGUGGAGGAGACGAUGUGAAGCUGCUGAGCUUUUGGGCGAGCCCGCCGGCCCUGCGAGUGCGCCUGGCGCUCAGCAUCAAGGGCGUGAACCACGAGUACGUGGAGGAGGACCUCCGGAACAAGAGCGAGCUGCUCCUCCAGUCCAACCCCGUCCACAAGAAGGUGCCGGUGCUGAUCCACGGCGGCAAGCCCGUCUGCGAGUCGCUGGUCAUCGUCCAGUACAUCAACGAGGCUUUCAGCGGCCCUGAUCUCCUCCCGGCCGACCCCUACGAGCGCUCCGUGGCUCGGUUCUGGGCCGCCUUCGUCGACGACAAGUUCGCGAAGGCGAUGUACCAGGCGUCAUGGGGCAAGACGGAGGAGGAGAAGGCGGAGGGGAAGAAGCAGGUGUUGGAGGCGGUGGAGACCCUGGAGGGAGCCCUGAGGGAGUGCUCCAAGGGGAAGAGCUUCUUCGGCGGCGACAGCCCCGGGUACGUGGACGUGGUGCUCGGCGGCAUGCUCGCGUGGGUGCGCGCCGGUGAGGUGAUGCUGGGAGUCAAGACCUUCGACCCUACCACGACGCCUCUCCUGGCCGCGUGGGCGGACAGCUUCGGCGCGCUGGACGCGGUGGAGGCGGUCAUGCCGGACGUCGGAAGGUUGGUCGACCUUGCCGUGAAGAUGCAGUCUGCUGCGGCUGCCGAGGCUGCCCCAGUGGCUAACUAAAGGAGUAGAUACCUAAUUUAGUGUUUCUGGUGGAAAUUAUACUCCUCUUUCGUGUAAUUCGUCAGGUACAAUUCUUGUUACUAUAGGUAGUGUUCACUUGUACUGGUAUGAACUACUGAUGUAUGGUUAUGCCUACAAAAGUCUUAAAUAAGUUGGUAUUUCCGUUCA